CGGAAAGGGCCGAGUCAAUGACAUUCCUCGAAUCGAAGUGCAUUCAGCACCCCAGUGAAACUCCAACAAUCACUUCACCGUGACAUCAGAUCUAGCAAUCAUGAAAGGAUUUUUGUCGCUUGUUCUCGUCUCCAUCGCUCUCCUGCAGAUGACAGUAGCAACACCCACUGCGUCGGAACGCUCCCAAGCCCUCAAAAAGCGUGAGGGCGAGCAGAAUGUCGAGAAGCGCAACAAAUGGGCAGGUCAUUACCAAAACAAGCCUGACGAUGAUGACGAGGACGAAGCCCUCAAAAAGCGUGAGGGCGAGCAGAAUGUCGAGAAGCGCAACAAAUGGGCUGGCCAUUACCAAAACAAGCCUGACGAUGAUGACGAGGACGAUUAAGUUCUUGACAACCUCGAAGGUUAUAGACGUGUCCGAGACUGGCAGUUGUCUGGGUUGUCUCUCUGAGGUCCAAAUCUUGCAGAUCAUCAUGGUCCAAUAACUACCAAAGUUCGACGACAUUUUUAUUUAUGUAUUGCAGUGUACUAUGCUGGUCUGUGGUGAAUAUAUUCUUACAAUUCUG